GUUGUCUAGUUAGCAGCACGGUACGACGAUCUACGGUUGUGUGGAAAGUGAGGAGGAAAGUGGCUUCGGCCUGUGUAGUACAGUCAGUGCAGGUUGUUCAAUUCGUGGAAUUAUAAAUUAACCAUGAAUGGAUAAUACGCUUCUAGUGAAGUUUUGAUAUUACUAAAUUAUCAGUAUGGUUAUUAUUCGACUUUAGUGUUUUUUUGUCGUUUCGUAUUCAAGGACAAAGGAAAAUGGGUAAAAUAAACUGUGAAAGCUGUAAAAAGAAAUGCACUGGAAAUGCUCUUCGUGUUCAGGACAAAUACUUUCAUGAAGAAUGUUUCAAAUGCACAGUGUGUUCCACAUCACUGGCAUCUGGUGGGUUUUUCUUGAAAGACAGCAGCUACUACUGUACUAAUGACUACCAGAAAGCUUUUGGGACCAAAUGUGCAGCAUGUGGAGACUACGUAGAAGGAGAGGUGGUUUCAGCACUUGGGAAUACUUACCACCAGAACUGUUUUUUUUGUGGAAGAUGCAGACAACCAUUUCCUACUGGUGAAAAGGUUAGUUUUACGGGACAGGAGUAUCUGUGUUCUAAGUGUAUACAAAUUCCUGAGGUGAUGAUACAAGCCAAGGAUGAAAAUGUUCAAGAAAAACCAAAUGAGACUGAAGAGCCAUCUGUUGACAGUGGUCAGAAAUGUGCAGGAUGUGAACAGGAGCUUAAAGAGGGGCAGGCACUUAUAGCCCUGGAGAAACCUUGGCACAUCAGUUGCUUUAAGUGUACUGCUUGUGAUGCAGUGUUACAUGGUGAAUACAUGGGGAAGUUCAUGAAGUGGACCUAUAUCUUCUACAGAGGGUUAAUGUUAGUGGUGCCAUCUAGUGUAAAUGCUGGUGAUGAUCACCAUUUCCAUCCAAGCUGUGCCCGGUGCUCUAAGUGUGGUGAUCCUUUUGGUGAUGGUGAAGAAAUGUAUAUGCAAGGUGGCGCCAUCUGGCAUCCAAGUUGUGGACCAGCUCCUGAAGAAAAGUUAGUUGAUGGUUAUAUAAAUGGUCAGACUAAAGAAGAGGAUAUGGUUGAUGGACAGCAUGCAGUAGGUCCUUCGUAUUCCUCAAGUACGUCAAGCUCGAGCUCGGCAAGCCCGCACGGUUCGCUUACACGAAAGUACGGCCAUAAACACACUGGAAGUUAUCCUGAGAAAGAAAAUCUACUGAGCAAGGACCUCAGUCGUGUGUACACCAUAAGCUACUUGACAGCAGAACCAACACAGGGCUAUCUUAGACGUCCUAUCCAGCCCUAUCCACCAAAGUCACCACAGUUUUACAGACCUCCAGAUCAUGUCGUGAAAAGAACAACAGUAUCUAGAACACCAGCUUCUAAACAAGGAAUGUCAUUUCUAGUGGAAUCCAUCCAGGCUAGUGUUCCUCGACCUCGAUCUCCAUACAUGAAUAACGAAGAACCGAUAGAAAUGUCCCACUACCCAGGAGCUCAACGUCCUAAGCCUACAGAAGUCGCCAAGAUAGAAAGAGAUGAUUUUCCAGCUCCACCGUUUCCUUAUGCCGACUCCGAAUGUAGAAGACGUUGGAGUGGUAGCUCCAAAGACUUUGAAGUUGAUGAAACCACUGAUAUGAAUGAAGAAGAAGGAGUUAAGGAAGAUCCACGUUUAAAGAAAGAGGAAGAAGAACUGUCUAAGAUAUCAAGUGGGAUUGGCAAGGUGUUUUUGAAAACUGUGCAAGAGAGAGAAAAGAUACGAGCUUGGAAGAUGACUCACGUUGAUCCUCGAAGUGCUUCUCGUACUCCUUCAGCCAAUCGAGAGGUUCCCGUUAAGCUUCGCUAUGAUAGCCCUGUCAAUGCCUCACCAUCUCGGGCAAUGGAUCGACCCCGACCAUGGGAGGAAGAGGAAUUUGACCGGGGAUCCAGUAACAGGUCAUCUCUGGGCAAGUCUGGACGUGUUACCCCCACUUACAAUGUGGUGUCCUCACUUCGGUCAGCACCUAAACCUGGUUAUGGGUUUGCAACUAAGUCUGCUACUCUUCCUGUUGGUGGCCGAGAUUAUGGGACUGAAGAUAUAACCUUUGGUAAAUUGAUGAACAUGCAAAAUGCAGACUUCAGUAGUGCAAGAUCAGAUGUUUCAGGUACUUCUGAACAGGAUGAACAAGCUUUGAAUCACAAUGACAACAGUGUGUCCUGCAGCACACCUAUUUCUGAUAUUCGUGGAGGCUUUCGCUAUGCCUCUUACGGUCCUCACUGGAGAAGUUCAAUGCCAAAUGUUAAUUUCCACUUGUCUAAUGAACCACCAAAGUAAAUCACAAUAAGAUCUA